AUGGGGGCGCAGAGAACUCUCCUCGCGAGCUUCCUGCUCGCCGCGUUGGCCACCCAGGCCUUCGUCGCCAUCUCGGCCAGGACCGGCCCGAUGGACAAGGCAAGCCAAGAUGACGUGAAGAGGCCGGACUGCGUGCCGUCGCUCGUCCCGCACAACUUCCCCGGCCACGGGGGCACCACCGUGCCGCUUCCCUCGCACGGAGGCUCCUCCGGCACGCCGCCUUACCACGGCGGCUCCGGCUCGACUCCGUCGCACAGCGGCUCCGGCUCGUUGCCUGACUCGUCGCAUGGCGGGUACGGGACGCCGCCUUCGCACGGCGGCUCUGGUUCGUUGCCUGACCCGUCGCACAGCGGAGAAGGUUACAGGUCCACUCCGGACGCGCCAUCCCAUGGCGGAGGCGCAUACGGGAGCUCACCCACACCUUCCCACGACGGGCCUACGAGUUUAAGUCACUGA